CUGCUCUGGAUGCGUCUCCCUGUCAGACAUGUGAGGCGCAUCAUGGCCACACAGCCCCUCAGGAGCCACGCUGCUCUGUUGUUGUUGCAGUGACUUUUCGGGGCCAAUGUUCAACUGUACAGGAGCUCUAAGCCAAAUCCUCCACCAUCAUCAUCAUGUUUUCAUCGGCGCAGGGGGAGGAAGGGUAGGAAGGGAGGGAGGCCUGACUGCGAGGCGAAGUGGGGGGAGAGAUAGAGAGGCACCGGGCCUAGUCGCCACAUCUUUUCAUGAGAAGAAGCUGCGCCGUUAAACCACCCGUUUUUGGUUUCCCAAACCAACUCCGGCCCGGGCCUCAGUCCGCGGUCUCGAGUUUGAUAGCGGGCUGUUAAAGAGGAAGGCACCGCGGCUGAUCGCUGCCAACCAGCCAUCAUCAUGGGAGACAGCAGAGAUUCUCGCAGUCCGGACAGCUCGUCCAUGUCUUCCCCUCCGUCGGGCCAGCGCUCCCCACCGCUGGUUCCCUCAGCAGCUUCCAUGACUUCACUGCCACCCAUCACCACCACCGGGGUAAACAGCCCCAUCAGCAGCAUUGGCUCACCUUUUUCUGUUAUUAGCUCAUCACUGGACUCGCCCUGCCUCCCCGGCACACCGUCUGUGGGAUACGGCCCGAUUAGCAGCCCCCAGAUCAACUCAACAGUGACCAUGUCAGGGCUCCAUGCAGUGAGCAGCUCCGAUGAUGUGAAACCUCCUCUUGGCUUGAAGCAGCUCUCUUCCCACAGCCCAGGCCCCAUGCUUUCCCAGAAACGCCUUUGUUCCAUCUGCGGAGAUAGAUCCUCUGGGAAGCACUACGGCGUCCACAGCUGUGAGGGCUGCAAAGGCUUCUUCAAAAGAACGGUGCGAAAAGACCUGACCUACACCUGCCGGGACAAUAAAGACUGCACGGUGGAUAAGAGGCAGAGGAACCGCUGCCAGUACUGCCGCUACCAGAAAUGCCUCGCCAUGGGCAUGAAGAGAGAAGUGGCCAAGAUGAACAACAGAUCUGUCCAGGAGGAGCGGCAACGGAACAAGGAGCGCGAAGGCGAGGUGGAGUCCACCAGCGCGGUGAACGAGGAGAUGCCGGUGGAGAAGAUUCUGGAGGCAGAGAUGGCUGUGGAGCAGAAAACGGAGCUUCAUGCAGAUGGAAGUUCAGGCGGCAGCUCUCCCAAUGAUCCAGUUACCAACAUCUGUCAGGCAGCAGACAAGCAGCUCUUCACACUGGUGGAAUGGGCCAAGAGGAUCCCUCACUUCUCUGAGCUUCCUCUGGAUGAUCAGGUCAUCCUGCUCCGUGCAGGCUGGAAUGAGCUCCUGAUUGCAUCGUUCUCCCAUCGCUCCAUCUCUGUGAAGGACGGCAUUUUACUGGCCACCGGCCUUCAUGUCCACAGGAACAGUGCCCACAGCGCCGGGGUCGGAGCCAUCUUUGACAGGGCGAACAAUGCUGAGGUUGGGGCCCUAUUUGACAGGGUUCUGACAGAGCUUGUUAGCAAAAUGAGAGACAUGCAGAUGGACAAGACAGAGCUGGGCUGCCUCCGCGCUAUCAUUCUCUUUAACCCAGAUGCCAAGGGUUUAUCCAACCCCAGUGAGGUGGAGCUCCUCAGAGAGAGAGUGUAUGCGUCUCUUGAAGCUUAUUGCAAACAGAAGUACCCGGAUCAGCAGGGCAGGUUUGCUAAGCUCCUCCUCCGACUCCCAGCACUGCGCUCCAUCGGUCUGAAGUGCCUGGAGCAUCUGUUCUUCUUUAAACUGAUCGGCGACACGCCCAUCGACACCUUCCUGAUGGAGAUGCUGGAGGCGCCUCACCAGCUGACUUAAGGGAGCCGCGUACAGACCGGUCAGGAUCCGACGCACACCAGGAUGACCCCCCCAUGACCUCCAGCGUCUGCUCGCCGGCUCCUCCUGUUGGGCCUUGCUUAACUGCAGCACCUGCUGGUUUUAAUGUACCAGCUUUUACACACAGACACACACACGCACACAUUUCCUGUCACCACGCUUAAUUAUCCGUUCAGACAUUCAUGAAACUGGACACACGAACUGAACGAUCUAACAACCCCCACAGAAAAGGCUUGAAGUUAAUAUUUGCUAAUGCUAACACACACGCAUGGAUUUUCACUUGUUUUCCAUAAUCGGCUUUCUUCUCCGAUGGCGUCGACUCCGGGAAGGAUCCCACACAUCCAGGAAAUGUCUUAAUCUAAGUUAGACUUCAGUUUUCACACCUUUCAUCUCACAGUGGGAUUUUUGCUUCUGUAUAACUGGUGUUUUUCUUCUUCCUUUGGUUCCUUACAGCCUCUUCUAGCUGCUCUGUCUGUCAGAACGAGCUGGUUAGUUAUUAGUUGAUGAUUUUAGCUGGAGAUCAGAUGCGUAGCAUUUGAAUCCACCAUCCAAACUAAAUCUUCUUUAAAGAACAUGCAAACACAUCAUCAGAGCGAAUUUAUUCAAUCAGGUAAACAUAGUAUUGUUUUUGUUUUUUUCUUGAUAUGCUGACACUUGCUCGAGUUUCUAUUUUUGAAGUACUGUACUCAUAAAAUGAGCGCUUUUUAAGGCAUUGAAAUCCAGGAAAAGAGGGCUGGGAGCGCUCUGUUUACGGAACAGAGUCCCUCCAACCCUGAUGCGCACAGCGGGCUUCGUUAGAAAGGAAGAAUGACUUGAAUUAUUUUGUUUUUAUUUUAUUUCUAAGUUUAGAUUUUAUCUCCAACUUUGAGGAUGUUUGGCAUUUUAAGACGCUUGAAGCUUACAGGAAGUAAAGCUUCAUGGAAAGUUGAAAAAAAAAAGUAUUUGUUCCUGUUUUAUCCCCCACCUCCCCCGCCUGGUGGUCAUUGAUGCACUUUUGUGAGUUGUAACUGUGUAAAUGUACCUCUCCCCUAAAAAUGACCACCUGCCCCCCCCUGAACACCUGAGAUGAACUUGAAGGUACUAAGUGUAGGGCUUCCUCAUUACGUCCCAUGAAUGAUUGUUUUUUCCUGGGCAGAUUUAAGCCACGCCUGGGAAUUGGAACUAGCAACUUUCCUGGUUGUUGAUGAGAAUCUGCCCUAACGACCAAACCAGCUCUGAUCCAGCGAGAGAGGAAAUUUUUUUCUGAUCCGUCUAAGUAAUCAUGUAUAUAAUCAGACAGAGUGUGUGGUCAGAUCGCCUGACCUUUGACCUUUAAAGUGUCCUUGGACCGAAUGCUUUGGAUGUUUAACUGACGUGACUCCGCUCUGCUCCGUUUGCUUAACCAGGAGCUGAGCGCUUGUUUUUCGUAAAGAAUCGGGAGCAGAGCUGGAAAUGGAAACAGAAUUAAUGAGAAAGUCAGGAAAAGUAUAUUUUAAUCCCCCCCGUUGACGGUAUGGACCUCGGUGAAACUGCAGAUGUUUCACAGAACCGGUCGGCUGUAGAUGGAUAAACUAUGAACCGAUGUUUGGAUUACAUCUUGAGCUGUAAUCUGCUCCACCGUGUGAUGAAAAUCCUACACCUACUACCUGUGGAUUUGGACUUUUCUGUGUGUUGGCUUGAAUCUUUUGUACAAUAGCUGUAAAUAAUACCAAAAAAAAGAUGUUGUGCAGAAACAAAGGCCUGCUCACACUUGGAGUAAAACAUGUGGCUUCGAAAAAUUUAAACUUCUAUUUUCUGCUUUUUUUUUUUUUUUUUUUUCAAUUAAAACGUGACGUUUUUAUCUCUUGAAAUCACAAAAAACCUGAAACUGACCAGGGCCAAAACCACACCUCAUUGCUGCUUUUUGCACCAGCGUCUGCCAACGUUUCCUGUCCUUCCCAGUAACCCGAUUGGCUGGAUUCUUCUCGACAUUAUAGCACUUGAUGUUUACUGUGAUUUAAAGAAAAAAAAAUUGUGAAGAAAAAAAAAAGUCAAAUGCAGCUACGAAGCGUUGAGAAGAAAACCCUCCACACGCCCUCAAAAUGUGAGCAGCACCGGGGAGCACAGGCCUCCGCUCCCCCUCCGGCAGAGUGUCGAUAAUCUAAAGUAUUCAGCUGCCUCCUUCGCCAACAGAUUUGAUAGAAACCAGAACAUUUUUUGCAGUUUUCCUUCUCGUGAAGAGGUCCAGCUGUCCUCUUCCAGGUGCUAAAUCAUUAACCUGGUCUUUAAUGACCUGCACAUUCACAUCAAUGCAAAUACAGUAUGCAAGAACUCAGACAAAUCAGACGUAGAUCUAGCCUGUUCUCCAUCAGCUUUGUUGUCUUUAAGUAUAAAAUGUUCACCGGCCUCAUUCUGGUAGAGAAUGACGUUUUUUCUUACGCUCAGACUCAUCUUUAGGGAGAUCCUAAGGUUUGGAAGCUAUCAGGUUCACAAUCUGAAGAUGAUGAGAGGAUCAGAUUCUGAUUCUUUGAACGUUCGGCCGACUUAUUGCUGUGAUGUGAGGAUUGCAGCUGACCUGUAAGAUUUACUCUUAAUAAUUUAGGAAAGUUGACCUUAGAGCGCUGCCUGGCUUUAGUUUUGCUUCCAUCUGUUAGAUGUUUGGUUUAAUUUUUGCUGUUUCCUUUGUUUGCAGAAAAGUCGGCUUCUGACGACAGUAAAGAAAGAUGGAGGCGUGUUCAUAACCUCCACCCUCAUGAGGGUCUCAGUGCUUUAGGAUGCGGGAAAACGAGCCGAUGCAGCUUUGAGUCCUGAAGCCAACUGUUGGAAACCUGCUAGCAUAAAGUUUUUCCUCUCUUCUGUUGGAGCUUCCUGUCGUGAAUAAUUUAACGUGUUCAUAACCAGGGAUGAGGAUGAGAACAGUUAUCUUGUAACACGCGCAUCGUGUUUAUUGAUCUGUUAUUUGGUGUUAAUUAGCAGUAAAGUGUUCUACAUCCCUCCAUUCAGCAGUCAUGUUUGUUUUUGCUUUAAGUUUCUAUAUUGUUUUCAUUAUUUAGCUGACAGCUUAGCUUCGGAUGAUUAUAAACACAGUGAUAAAAGCUAUGGAGCGGUGCAGGUUUUUAAGCUAGGCCACUGAGCAGGCAGGCGUUUAGCAGGCGUUUACUCGCUGUGUGGCCAUGUUUUUAUGCAUGUUUUCAUUAAUCUGCAGCUUCAUGUUUUAACUGGCAGAAACUGUAACUCUGGCUGUGACACGCUGGGGGUCGUCAAGAGAAAAUCAGCCGGGAUGUUGAGCCGAAGCUUUAUUAAAAAUAAAAUCGCCUCCUGGCAUUGUUCUGACCCAUCUCAGUUGCCGUAGCUGAAAGCUAGCAGUUUCCUGUUUGCUUACUUUACUUGACGGCAGAGCUGCGAUGAUUCGCGAUCACCGCCGCAUCGCACCGCCCCUCCCACAAAUUUUCGUCAUUGCGAGUGUGCACUCAAGGCAGGCGCAUGCUGCCACCUGUUGACUGCGUAGCAGUAUUGCCGUCGCCAUCUUUGUUACAUUUUCUUGUGUUUUAUGAGUAGAGAUUUAAUCGAAAGGAUUUUUAUCUUAUUUUUUAAUAGACUGGGUGACCCGAUCAGACAGGGCGGCGCCGUUGUACCCCCUCAGAGCCGAGGCUGGUUCAACCGUAGAGAUUCAGAGUGAGCUAUGCAGCCUUCAGACCGUCACCCUCACAGUUCUCAAUCACUGCCAAGCUGUCUGCAGCCAUCUUUAUUCUUGGGCCACUCUGCCCUCUUCGUUUGUGUAAAUCGUGAUUCUUGUGCAGCACGGUGAAGACAGUGCUCUAACGCUAGCAUCAGUAGUUUCUGAACAGGGGCCCUAAUAGGAAUGGAAAUGGCAGCUUGUGUGGAGAGGGCCUGUCCUGGGCGAGGACCCCUCUGGGUGCUCAAGCUGAUCAUUUGGUGCUUUAUAGGGUCCCACGACCUGAUAACAAAUAUAUGAGAGAAAUGCAAAUAAGGAGUGAUUAGAUAGAGCCAGACUAACCCUGGACCUGAUCUUCUCUGGUUGGAGUGUGAGCGUAGUUGGGAGCUGUAGAAACUGUGGUUGUAGCUUUAGAGGAAGAGCAGAGAAGAAACCCAGACCAAGACGUGGCUACAGUGAAGGAACCCGAUAGAAAGGACUGAUUCAAAAUGGCCGCCCUCUUGAGGGACGGCGGUGUUUAUGGUUUUUGGCUACGUAAAGGUCUGCUGAGACACAGAGGGAGGUAAGAAGUUAAACAAGAUGGAUCAGGUGUUCAGUUAUUGAUCAAGAGGAAAAACUGAAAAAAAAAUAUUUUCCAGUAGAUCUAGGAUCUUCCUUAAUGGUUUACUCUUCAUCUUAAAAAAACUUUCACAGUGUUUCUUUGUGUUGUUUCUCGUCUCCAUAAAUUCAACCUAUGCUAUCCACCGUUUCUUUACUACGAGUAUUAAAACAAAUGCAAGAACUGAAAAGAAAAAAAAACCCGACCUGACUCUAUCACUCUUCUGUUUGAUUCGUCUGUUUCUCUUGUGUCUGUUUUUCUGGUCCCGUUUGUAUUUUACUCCGUUUUACUGGUGGAGCUAAUUGACUUUUUUUGGGGAUUGAAAGAAGAAAAAAAAAGAAUAAUAUCGUUUGGUUUUUUUUCAGUCAUUAAUUCUGAAUCUUGUUUCUGUUUGUUGUAUCAUGUCUGAGUAAAAGUUUUAAUACUGUA